AUGAAGGAAAACUUCACAGUCUACAUGGAAGAUGUCACCAUUGACUCAACAACUGAGAUUCUCACAUUGAUCCAGUUGAUCUAUGGUAUCCCGUCUAUUCUUUUAAUGAUUUUUUGCACUUUCCUUGUUGCUUUGGGAAAAAAGUACAGAAAGAGUACAUUCUACGUUCUUGUGCUUUUUGAUCUUAUUACGAACAUUCUGGUCUAUGUAAACACUUGGAUCGCUAUUCGCAUUGAAAUGCAUCCUAGCAUGGUCUUCGUCUUGAAAGCCAUAGAAUCUACAUUUCCAUGGCUUUUGACUUGGCUGAAAUAUCUUCCAUAUUGGUUUUUCCACAUGCAUUUCUGGACGGCAGCACUGUUGACCAUUCAUCGAUUGACAUCGAUUUUGUUUCCCUAUCAAUAUGAAAACUUUUGGUCCCGUUGGAACCUGCUUGUAUUUCUAGUGGUCUGUUUCUUCAGUCACCUCCCUAAAUAUCUUUGGGAUGGGUUCCUCUACGAAGUGUACAUAGUAAAUGGGCAACUUAUCUGCAUCAACUUUCCAACUACACUGGACCAGGCAAUCAAUGUGGUUGCCGCGUUUUCGGCGAUCUACUUCCUAUUGAACUUGGCCAUUGGGCUGAGCACAGCGAUUUUGGCAUCGAAAAAAGUUGAAGUUGCAUCUUCAUCCAAAAUGAACAUCAAAAAGAAGCUCACUAAGAUUUCCCUGACCUACUCAGUCGUCUACACCGCAGAAGUUAUUUGGAGUGUGCUGAACUCUCUCAACUCUUUUUUCCACUUCUUACCGCCAUUUUUCGUGAAACUCAAUACCAACUUGCUGGUUUUCGCGUCGGAUAUGUUCACGCUAUCUCUCCCAUAUAUUUUGCUGGUCUACGAUGUAAACGUCCGAAGUGAUGUGUUCAAGAAAAAACAGCAAAUUUCGAAUCAAGGAACAAUAGUUUUUGUGUCGAAUCAUUAA